UAACAGUGUGAUUAAAUCUGCAAUUAAUUGUAAUUCAUUUUUUAAUCACUGUUAAUUUUGAGUUAACUGCAAUUAAUCGACAGCCCUACAAAUAAAAUCAGUAAAAGCACAGUUUUGCCAGUAUAACUAUGUCUACAGUAGAGGCUUUUGCUGGCACAGAUGUCAGUCAUAAAUCACACCUCAUUACACCCCUGACCAACAUAAUUGUGCUAGCAGAGGUCUGUAGUGUAGACCUCACCCCAUUCUUCUAAAUAAAUCCUGGAAAAAGAGUUGUCUGUAUGAACUCCAUCCUGCUAGAUGCCGAGUGCUCUCAAAGUCAAUGGGAAUUAAGAGGUUUCAGCCCCUUACAGGAUCAGGCUCUAUUUCUAUUAGCUUGGCCUCCAGUAAUUCUUAAUUCAAUUUGAUCAUUUAUAAAAGGAGGGUUGCACAUAACUAUGUCAAGGGGAACAAAGUUACACAAGUAAGACAUCACAAAGUCCAUGCCUCAGUGCAAUUCUCCAGAGUGAUACAAAGUGUGUUUUGUUCCAAUAAAAUAUUGGGUGAUACUAUAAACGGCUCCAGAUUAUUUCCAAAGGCUGCACAACCGUUUAUUUUGUUAAUGAGAAGAGUAAAAUAAAAUGGAGAAAAUGUUUCCUCUUGAACAUUUUGAAAACUCCAGAGGAUGAUGUUGGUCAGCAUGAGAUAAAUGGCUUAGUUUACCAUAAUGAUUUAAUGAAAGGGUUACAUGCUGUUUGUGUGUGGGUAUGGCCUGGCCUAGGCUAUAGAAUUAGGACAGAAUAACUACAUUGCUCUGGGAUGUAAAAAAAAAUCUACACCUGAAGCGUCAUGGUUAAGAUGACCAAGUCCUUGUGUGGACUGUGCUGGGUGGAUGAAGAAUUCUUCCAUUGAACUAGCUAGCGUCUCUUGUGGAGGUGGGUACUUACAUCAACAGGUGAAUCCCUCCUUUCAGUGUAAACACUAUCUGUGUUGAGGUGCUAUAGCAGCAGAGCUAUAUAUAGUGUACUAACUGUAAACUAGCCCUGCAUGCAUAUGUGUGCUAUAGUGCACACUAUAGGCAUAGAUCUUGCUGGACAUGAAUAAAUGUGCAUAUAGCUUGAUUUGAGUGCAAAGUUAAAGUGUGUGUGUGUGUGUGUGGUUUAAAAAAAAAAAGUGUGAGACUGUUUUGGGGCUAGUUGAGAUAACUGAACACCCUGAGCUGAUCAGCUUGAAAUGUACAUAAGGUGAGGAUACAAGCAAUUGGUCCUUACACGAUCUGCAAAGCAAUUGGUCCUUAUAUGAUCUGUACCUUGUCCAAACCAAUUAGAUUCAAGAAUAGAUGUUUUAGUAGCCUGGAAAAAGUAUAUAAACUGUAUAGUUGGAUACAAAUGAUUUAAAAUUAUGGUAUCACCCUGUACCUAAACCCCUUGAGUCUGAGCCCCUGGUUUGCACGGGCACAGCACUAUUAUAUGCCUAACAAAGUAACCUGAGUGAUGAGGUGGAGCUGAACUGAGCUUUUGGAUCCCAAGGAACUGGAUGAAGUGUUCUCCCAGAACUGGAUGAGGUGGUCUGGAUUAGUCAAUUGGAAGAGAUCUUGGAGGGAAUCCCAACACAUGCAUGGGCUUAUGUGUGUGUAAACUCUGCCCAGAGCACUAUGAAAUAUCAGAGCUUUUUAAAAUAGUAUUUGCAAAUUGGGACCAUGCAAAACAGGAAUGCAGAUAUUUCCUGGCUAAAUGCUAGAGCAUCCUGUGUAAACGGCCUAAGACCAAUGGACUUGGGACAUAAUAAGAGAGGGAAGAACCAUGGGGUAGAUUUCUUUUAUCAUCCAAAGCUGUUACUGAAAGCUUUUAAAUAUUUGUAAAUGUAAAUAUUUCCCCAGCAUGACCCCACCACAUGAAGCUGAAGUAAGCUAUGUGGAAUGUGUUAAUAAAAUAAACAUCUGAAACAAACAAAUAAUGUGGUAGGGAAAACAAGGACAAAAUGGACUUGAAACAUUUCCAAAUGUAACAAUCUAAUAACUAUUUAUAUGGACUGGAAAAAUCUCUUGUACGGCCUGUAUUUCCUGAAGAACCUAAAGAAUACCCCAGUAUGGGCGAAUAGCCCAAGGGAGUAGUGGGUUGCAUUGUGUGCCAUUAAAAUUCAGUUGUGGUGUUGAGACCAUGAGCUGUUACAAACUAAGUAGUUGGCUAGAUGCCUCCAAUGUAUUUAAAACAUCUGUGAAAGAUUAAUGAGUCUUGUUCAUGCCUCUAUGACCCAACACCUCAUAUUCUUCAUAGAUAUUGCUAUGAUAUGAAUAUGGCAUAAAUAAUGUGUUCUAUGCAAGAUGGGUCAUGUGAGGUAUCAUAGGAAAGGUUAUGAUUUGCUGAAUAUGAUUAUCUAUUUGUAUGCAUGUAUCAUUUCUGUAUCUGUUAGGAAUAUUGACUAUGUAACAAUUACUGUGUUUACACCUGGGGAACACCCACCAGACAGUAGGCAAUCAGCCUGGAUAGGCCAUUAUGAAGAACAAUAGGACUCUGAAGAUGCUAAUCUCCCACUUUCCUGAGAAGCUUCCUGGGAUGCUGCUUUGACACUGCAGAGUCAUGUUAUCAUGUCACUGGGUACUGGACCCCAUCUUGGCCCAGGAUGACUGCGGAGAACAUCUAAGCCCUGGUCUACACUAGGACUUUAGGUCGAAUUUAGCAGCGUUAAAUCGAUGUAAACCUGCACCCGUCCACACAAUGAAGCCCUUUAUUUCGACUUAAAGGGCUCUUAAAAUCGAUUUCCUUACUCCACCCCUGACAAGUGGAUUAGCGCUUAAAUCGACGUUGCCGGCUCGAAUUUGGGGUACUGUGGACACAAUUCGAUGGUAUUGGCCUCCGGGAGCUAUCCCAAAGUGCUCCAUUAUGACCGCUCUGGAUAGCACUCUCAACUCAGAUGCACUGGCCAGGUAGACAGGAAAAGAACCGCGAACUUUUGAAUCUCAUUUCCUGUUUGGCCAGCGUGGCAAGCUGCAGGUGACCAUGCAGAGCUCAUCAGCACAGGUGACCAUGAUGGAGUCCCAGAAUCGCAAAAGAGCUCCAGCAGGGGCCGAACGGGAGGUACGGGAUCUGAUCGCUGUUUGGGGAGAGGAAUCCGUGCUAUCAGAACUCCGUUCCAGUUUUCGAAAUGCCAAAACCUUUGUCAAAAUCUCCCAGGGCAUGAAGGACAGAGGCCAUAACAGGGACCCGAAGCAGUGCCGCGUGAAACUGAAGGAGCUGAGGCAAGCCUACCAGAAAACCAGAGAGGCGAACAGCCGCUCUGGGUCAGAGCCCCAAACAUGCCGCUUCUAUGAUGAGCUGCAUGCCAUUUUAGGGGGUUCAGCCACCACUACCCCAGCCGUGUUGUUUGACUCCUUCAAUGGAGAUGGAGGCAAUACGGAAGCAGGUUUUGGGGACGAAGAAGAUAGCUCACAGCAAGCAAGCGGAGAAACCGGUUUUCCCGACAGCCAGGAACUGUUUCUCACCCUAGACCUGGAGCCAGUACCCCCCAAACCCACCCAAGGCUGCCUCCUGGACCCAGCAGGCGGAGAAGGGACCUCUGCUGCAUGUGUUUCAAUGAUCACAGGAUCUUCUCCUUCCCAGAGGCUAGUGAAGCUUAGAAAGAAAAAAAAACGCACUCGCGAUGAAAUGUUCUCCGAGCUCAUGCUGUCCUCCCACACUGACAGAGCACAGACGAAUGCGUGGAGGCAAAUAAUGUCAGAGUGCAGGAAAGCACAAAAUGACCGGGAGGAGAGGUGGCGGGCUGAAGAGAGUAAGUGGCGGGCUGAAGACAGGGCUGAAGUUCAAAUGUGGCAGCAGCGUGAUGAGAGGAGGCAGGAUUCAAUGCUGAGGCUGUUGCAGGACCAAACCAGUAUGCUCCAGUGUAUGGUUGAGCUGCAGCAAAGGCAGCUGGAGCACAGACUGCCACUGCAGCCCCUCUGUAACCAACCGCCCUCCUCCCCAAGUUCCAUAGCCUCCACACCCAGACGCCCAAGAACGCGGUGGGGGGGCCUCCGGCCAACCAGCCACUCCACCACAGAGGAUUGCCCCAAAAAAAGAAGGCUGUCAUUCAAUAAAUUUUAAAGUUGUAAACUUUUAAAGUGCUGUGCUUAAAGUGCUGUGUGGCAUUUUCCUUCCCUCCUCCACCACCCCUCCUGGGCUACCUUGGUAGUCA